AUGCAGUCAACACCAGUCUUUGUGUACAUUUUCCUCUAUUUCGUCAUCACUCUCGCAACGUGCUGCCGAGAAAUCACUUUCGACCAUGUGAAAGUAACAGUCAAGGGUGCCAAAGACAUCAAAAACAUCACAGGGUGUUUCCAGCCCAGCGACCAUCUACUGAAAGUCUCCUACAUCCAAAUCAUCAACGAACAAGUACCAGUACUGAAAAAAGACGCAAUUCACGGUUUGCCGAAUCUCAUGGACAUUAUCCUGGAAGAUAAUAACAUGACGGAUAUUGAACCGGGAGCUUUUUAUAACCUGACGCACUUAUACCUGUUCAAAAUGCGGUACAACUACAUCAAAACCAUACGCGAUGGUGUGUUCAACGGUCUACCUCUGAAGGAACUCUGCUUGACCAACAACAGCAUCGAAAUAAUACACCCGAACGCUUUCGACAACAUGCCAAACCUAACCAUCCUAUUCCUAAACGAGAACAAAAUCACCACCCUGUCGAACGAGUGGUUCAAAAACACCCCCAAAGUAGUUUCGCUCAAUCUCGAAAAAAACUACAUAACGACCAUCCCAUUCAGAGUGUUCCAGAACAUACGGGGCGAGCAUUUGGUCAGCGACGUCCACAUAAGGACCAACAUAAUGUUGAAUGACAACGUCAUAAGGAAGAUCGAAGACGGGGCGUUUAAUUGUCUCGAAACGUUGGGAUGGCUGUUUUUGCAUCGGAAUGAGAUCGAGGAUAUUAGUGCGGAGAGUUUGGGGUCCCUCAAGGUUAUAGAGUGGGUCCGGCUCGACCACAAUAGGUUGAGGUGUGUGCCUGAUAGGCUAGUGCAGAUUUCGCCGAAAAUUGUGUAUUAUUUGCAUUCGAAUCCUCUGACGGAUAUGUGUAUCAACAAGUAUAAUAUCACCAAAGUUAGAUGA